UCUGGCCCUGGACUAACAUCCGACAUAUAUCGUAGUGACAACAACGGUAAAACGUUCACAAAAAUUACGCAGCAGUUGGGUGAGAGUAUUUACAUCCGGAGAGAAAAUGGCCUUCAGCGUCAUCAGAAUCAGAGAGAUUCAAAAGAACUAUUUGUGAUAUGUUAUGAUGUGGAAAAUACGACCAGGUCUAUGAUUUUUGUUACUGAAGAUGGGGGUUCUACUUGGGAGAGGUCUAGUGUACCAUUUGUCUUAAGCGGUCAGCUGCGUUUUUAUCCACGUGAAAGACUUUCUCCAUGGGUUUUAACUUUAGAAGAAAAAACAUCGAUUUUAUAUCUGUCACUUGAUAACGGUAAAACAUGGAAAAACAUUCACGAUAAUGUUGUGGAUUACUUUUGGUUAGUUAUAUGCAAACUAAUCUUACGUUAUUCAGGUCUGUUUAUGAAAUAGAUCCAGGAGAAACAGUGUACAUACUUUAUCAUCCACAAUCCAGUAAAA